AUGCCCGCGAAUCACCCCGAAAAUGCCCUGUCCAACGGACAUGAUGAGACGUCGCACUCUUCUCACAGUGCCAGCACCGGCUCCAGAAAGGGAUCGGCCAAAUCCAAGAAGGCCUCCGGCGGCCCUGCCAGCAGCGAUGAAGCGACACGACUUCUCCAGGCCAGGAUUUCCCAGUUGGAACAAGAUGCUACAGCGGACAAAGAGCAGGAGGCAGAAAUUGAACGUGAGGUUAAGCGUGCCCACCGCGACAUGAUCAACCAAACUGCCAAGAUGGACGAUGUGCCCAAGAUCGACUUUCUGAUGAAGAAGUCCAGCGACCUUCUUGCGGAAAUGCGCCGGGUCGACCGCGAAAACCAGAAGAAUAGGAAGCGAGGUGACGUGCUGCAAAAGGAGCGCGACAACAGCCGCUCGGAUCUGUCGAAGCAAGUUCAGCUCAAGGAGAAACUCGAGAAGCUGUGCAGAGAACUGCAAAAGGACAACAACAAGCUCAAGACAGAGAAUAAGGAACUCUACACGACACACGUGCAUGCCAAGAGCGCGUCGGAUGAACGUUUUGCGCAGGUUCUUGCCCGACUUGAAGGUUGCCAGGAAGACAGAGACGUGCCCAAGAAGCAGGUGGUGGACAUAGCCAUGGAGGAUCUCUUCAAAACUCGCUUCAAGUCGCUCAUUGACCAGUACGAGCUACGUGAGCUACACUUCCACUCCCUCAUGCGGACAAAGGAGCUGGAAGUGCAGUAUCACAUGUCGCGCUACGAGAGGGAGAAGAAGAAUGCCGAAGCGGAGUCAUCAAAAUCUCGCCAACUGCAAAGCCAGGUCCAAGCAUUCACCAAGACGGAGACGGAGUUGAGGAAUCAGCUCAAUAUAUAUGUCGACAAGUUCAAGCAGGUCGAGGACACGUUGAACAAUAGCAAUGAUCUCUUCUUAUCUUUCCGGAAAGAAAUGGAGGACAUGUCUAAAAAGGGCAAGCGGCUGGAGAAGGAGAACGACGCGCUCAAGAGACACAAAGACGCCACGAACGCCAACAUCAUCCGCAUGGCGGAGGAACGUCAGGAGUGGAAAAGGAAGAGCGAUGAGGCCGAUCGGAAGAGCAACAAGCUCAUGAGCAUCAUACAGGGCAUGCAGCAGCAAGGCCGGCAGGUUCCUCCCAACUUGGCAAGCACCCUCGACAGCUACAACGACCCGCAUCCCCAGGGCGAGGGCGAUGAGGAGGAAAGCGAGUAUUCCGAGGAAGAGGAGGAGCUGAGCGAGUUCGAUGAGGCUGAAGACGACGAGGAUACAGAGGAUGAGGUGCGUUCCGGGAGCCAGGCCGCGCCGGUCUAUGGGCCAGAACGACCACCUCACCAGCAGGUCCAGCAUAGCGUCAAUGGCCACUAG